AUGACCAAGGCCGGCAUGAGGCGGGCAGCCAAGGAGGGCAGGGCUGAGGCCAUCAGGCUACUGCACGAGGAGGAGAAGCAGAAAGCCAAGGAGCGGAAGCUGGCAGAGGAGAGGAAGCGGAACGAGGCGAAGGCCAAGAGGGUGCUGAAGUCCAAGAUUGGCCCAAAGAUGGUGGAGUACCCCGCACCUCACCCCUCGGGCUACAACAUCAACCUCAACCAGCCACAGCUGCAGCCCACGGUCCGCGUGGUGGGCGCGUACCUGCUGGCCAAGGGCCUGAUCAACCGCAAGUCGGAGGCGGCCGCCAUAAGGUACCUGAUAAUGGAGUUCCACAACAAGCACUGCUGCACGAAGGGCGAGAUGCCGGCUGAUCUGGUCGAGUUGCUGUUCAAGACGGGCAAGAACUUCAACGACGAGGACUGGGACAAACUGAUCGCAUUCUUCAAGUCUGGGGAUGCCUCCAAUGACAGUCCCAUCAAAGAGGAGAUGUAA